AUGAUAUACAAAAAGUCACUUUUGAUCAAUAAACUAUUUUCAUCUUCACAAUAUUCCUUUGUCAAAAAACUAAAACUAUAUGAAAUAUUACCCAAAAAGGAAAUUUUGUCUCUAUUUACAUCCUUUUUUUCAAAAGUAAUUAUAAUGCUUCAAUCAUCACCACAAAAAGAUGAAAGUGCUCCACGGACAGGGAGUAAUAUUUCUAUUACCACCCGUAGAUCUAACCAUUCGGGAUCUGGUGGUGCCUCUCUUGAUUCCAAAAACAUGCUAAAGAAUCUUAUACUAGAUAAGAAAGAAGAAAGACUUGUUUGUCUCUCAAUGUGUGCCUGGACCAGCGCAUUAUUCCUGUUUAUCUACGCUGCAUUCACUGCCGGUAAUGUGGUGCGAGAUACAGUUCAACCAUACGAAAGCAUUGAUGCUGCAUGCGCUCAUUCACACUUUAUGUGGAUGGUUGUUGUAGCUGCUAUAGUUUACGCAAUUGGAUUGGCCUAUCUACUCUACCGUGCUAAACAACAGGCUCUAAAUAAGCUUGAUAAAAAGCAACAAGGUCUAGCCAUUGGCGUUCUUGCGGUUGGAGCUAUUCUUGGAGGUUCUGCUGCCCUUUUAGUUGUUUGGGGGCUCUUUGCAGCUCUUGCUGCUAUUUUCGGCAUAGCUUCUAUCACCAGUGUUGGUCUUACUGCUUUCGGCUUCAUCAUGGCCGCAUUUGCGCUUUGGUUUAUGACUGUCCCUAUUAUCAGAUCUAGUAUGAAAAGGGAUGAGAAUACUGGUAAAAGCUCCUGGUCUAAAAACUGGCCUAGUCUUUUAUGUGUUGCCUUACUUAUUCUUGCCAUGAUUGGUCUUCUUGUCUGGGCCAUUAUAAUAGCCAAUCGUGUUAAUCUUAACUUAGAUCUAACCAGAACGAUUCUUCCACCAACCAAGGAGCAAUACGACCUUGCUCAGAGCGAUUUCAAUCUUGCCAAGGAAGCCCAAGCAAAGAAGAUCCAAGAGACUUACGACACCACUAAAACAAGCGCCGAGGAACAGGUUAAAGGUAUUAAUGCGCGGCUGGAGGAACAAAAAGAGCAGCUAGCUGCAGCCGAACGUGACCUCCCCAAUGCGUCUACUGAGAAGCUUCAAGAAGUCAUCAAUAAGGAGAUAACCCGCCUCAAGGAUGAGAUCGAACGUAAUACUGCCAGUUUGAAAGAACAAAAUGCUAUCCUGGCGAAACUCGGGCCUAACUACCCCACUGAAAUUAGUACAACCACCAAAGAACUAGAGACCGCUAAGGCUGCUUGGGAUCAAGAGUUUCAAAAGCUGACUCGUGCUGAAAUCGGUCUUAAAGAAGCAACUAACGAUGGCAUGCGAAAAGCCGCCCAAGAAAAGGUAACUAAUCUUGCGGGCAUAGCUGCCGAAAAGAACCAGAUUGUCACUGACAUACAAGUUAAACUUGACUCUCUUCAAAAGGGUUAUGACCACGUACUCUAUCAAGGUGACAUUGUACCGAAAAAGAUUCUGGCUGAUGCGACUCGAGAACACUUCUCGAUAUCCGAGAAUGGUACUAUGUCUCUAAUACUUGAUGGCAAAGCUGUUCGGGCUUAUGAAAAGCUCCCAGUUCCAGUAUCUACGGCUCUUCCGACCAUAACUCUCCCUGUUGAUAUUACCAACCAAGAACCAUUGCCCUUAACUCCAGAAAACCCAUCCAUAGUCCAAUAG